GGCGCGCACAGAGCCCCCCGAGCGGCGCGGCCACCGCGGCGCAAAGUUAGGCCGGCGCCCCGGGACGAGCCCCGCAGCCGCUGGCCGCCUCUGGACGCCGCCUCGGCAUGGGCGAGCACCCCAGCCCGAGCCCCGCAGUGGCCGCCUGCGCCGAGGCGGAGCGCAUCGAGGAGCUGGAACCCGAGGCCGAGGAGCGGCCGCCCGCUGCGCCGGAGGACCACUGGAAAGUCCUGUUUGAUCAGUUUGACCCUGGGAACACGGGCUACAUCAGCACAGGCAAGUUCCGGAGCCUUCUGGAGAGCCACAGCUCCAAGCUGGACCCGCACAAAAGGGAAGUGCUCCUGGCUCUCGCCGACAGCCAUGCGGAUGGGCAGAUCUGCUACCAGGAUUUUGUCAACCUGAUGAGCAACAAGCGGUCCAACAGCUUCCGCCAGGCCAUCCUGCAGGGGAACCGCCGGCUCCGAAGCAAGGCCCUGCUGGAGGAGAAAGGGCUGAACCUGUCGCAGCGACUGAUCCGCCACGUGGCCUACGAGACCCUGCCCCGGGAGAUUGACCGCAAGUGGUACUACGACAGCUAUACCUGCUGCCCCCCGCCCUGGUUCAUGAUCACAGUCACACUGCUGGAGGUUGCCUUUUUCCUCUACAAUGGAGUGUCGCUGGACCAAUUUGUGCUGCAGGUAACCCAUCCACGAUACCUGAAGAACUCACUGGUUUACCACCCACGGCUCCGAGCACAGGCUUGGCGCUACCUGACAUACAUCUUCAUGCAUGCAGGGAUAGAACACCUGGGACUCAACGUGGUGCUGCAGCUCCUGGUGGGGGUGCCCUUGGAGAUGGUGCACGGAGCGACUCGCAUUGGGCUUGUCUACGUGGCCGGCGUAGUGGCAGGGUCCUUGGCGGUGUCUGUGGCUGACAUGACCGCGCCAGUCGUGGGCUCCUCCGGAGGGGUGUAUGCGCUCGUCUCUGCCCAUCUGGCCAACAUCGUGAUGAACUGGUCAGGCAUGAAGUGUCAAUUCAAGCUGCUGCGGAUGGCUGUGGCCUUGAUCUGUAUGAGCAUGGAGUUUGGGCGGGCCGUGUGGCUCCGGUUCCACCCGUCAGCCUAUCCCCCGUGCCCUCACCCGAGCUUCGUGGCGCACUUGGGUGGUGUGGCUGUGGGCAUCACCCUGGGCGUGGUGGUCCUGAGGAACUAUGAGCAGAGGCUGCAGGACCAGUCGCUGUGGUGGAUUUUUGUGGCCAUGUACACCAUCUUUGUGCUGUUCGCUAUCUUCUGGAACAUCUUUGCCUACACCCUGCUGGACCUAAAGUUGCCACCGCCCCCGUAAGGAACUGGAGGACCGAGGUCAGGGAGGGGAGUGAGAAGCAGCAUCAGAAAGGAGCACCUGCGUUCUUUUUCUCAUCACCAGCUCAGUGAGGCCGUAGAGAAGAGGACAAGAGACACUGAGCCUCUGUAAUAUUUGGGCUCGGAUUUGGGCAGACAGUGGAGGCUCUUUUUUGAAGGGCACAUGCUGGAGGAGUUGGAUGUGGCUACCUUUGUUCUUCUAGACUGUUCUGAGGACAUCAGGCCAGGGUGAAGGCUGGGGUAGGGUGAGAGUGGCCGUUUUCUUGGGCUGGGCUUGUUCCAUGUGUUCAGGGGUCCCCUCCCUUGUCACAGAUUGGGCAGCAGCCUUCUCCCUCAUCCUCCACCCUGAGAGACCCUGAGAGUGUAAGGAAGGCCCAAGCGUGUAGUAGCCAGGCGGGCCCUUGUCCAGCUCAGAGAUAAUUGCAGGCCAGGAAAU